GCCUACGAAGGUAGCAUGAAACCAUACACCAAGGCUAAAAGUACCCCCGACCUGCCCAGAAUCCCAUACAACUCUAUUACACAAAUCGAAUCAGACAACAAGUCCAACAAAAGCAACAGUGAACACAAUAUACACCCCUUAGCCCCCAAAGAACCAGUACCACCACAGGACUCAGCCA